UAGAGCCACAAAGCAGACAGAUGGCUGAGGAGAGCCAGGGGGAUCUCAUUACACGGUCUUAAUAAGGCACUCCAGAGACGAGCAGGUAGAGACCAAUCCUGAGUGACCCACCUUUUCCUGCUUGUACUUCUUACAUCCGUUUGAGGAAAUCUAGAAUGUCUGGAACAAUUUCUGAAUGAUCAUGGAGAAAGAGGAAGAGGAGGAGGAACUUUUCACAGAGUGGCCUGCUGAAGAAAGAGAGCAGGAGAGCACAGAGGAUGAGGAUGAUGAAAAGGAGAUGGAGACCGAGAGGGAAAAAAGCGGGUUGGAUAUCCUCAGGCCAAGUGUUUCACUGGCCAAUCGCAGAGCAUCCCUUCCGUGUCCGACCCAGCUGAGUGCUAUGCAUUUGACUCAUUUGACUCAUCUGACUCACCUGCACAUGACCACCAUGGCUCCAAGCCCAGUCGGCAUGAGGCACAGGCUCAAAGAUGGUGAAGCAAGGAAGCAAGGUCUUCACUCUCAGCACGACCGAAACCAGGAUGAGGAGAACGAAUCCAAGCUUGAGAAAUGGCCAUCUGCCAUCCCAAACUUACUUCAUGUCCCAGAAAAGCGGAGACGCUUCAGGAGCCGCAACGUUAUAUCACUAAGUGACGCAGACAGCAUGUGUCUGAUUUGCCAUGAUGAUCUGUGCAGAAGAGGAGGAACCAUCUGGGAACUGCACUGUUCACACAACUUCCACAGUGAGGUAGGAGACUCCUGCUUUUCAAUGAACAUAGAAAAUUGUACAAAAAAAAGUUUUUGGUUAUGGUAUGAUGCAAUAAUAAUAAUGCAAUAAUACAAUAAUAAAUAAAGACAACAUAACCAGCAAAAUAUUAACUCUAUAUACUAAACAAUAUAGUGAAAAAUAUAUA